AUGCUCCGAACAAUCUCCAGAACCCGGACCAUGGUCCCCAGCCGACAUUUGAUCUCAUACAGAUUCUUCUCCGACGUGUCCACGACCAAGGGAGAGACGUUCACUCUGACCAAACACUUUUUGGAUGCCUCCAAUACCGCCCACAUUGCCGUCUACUCGCUCAACCGGCCCGAGGCCAUGAACUCCAUCUCCAAGAAGCUUCUGGAGGAAUUUGAGACCUACAUCAACUCGCUGGCAGCCGAAGGACGUCAUCAGAAUGUCACCAACACUCGUGCUCUGAUUCUGAGCUCGGAGCUGCCCAAGGUUUUCUGUGCUGGAGCAGAUCUCAAGGAGCGAAAGACAUUUACUGAUGCUGACACCGCUGCCUUCCUUAACAAGCUCAAUGGCACUCUCGACACCAUCCAGAGCCUGCACAUGCCCACUAUCACUGCCAUUCAGGGCUUUGCCCUCGGAGGAGGCGCUGAGAUCUCCCUGGCCACAGACUUCCGAGUUCUGUCUGAUGUGGCCCAAUUUGGUCUGCCCGAGACCCGUUUGGCAAUCUUGCCUGGCGCUGGAGGAACCAAGCGACUCCCCAAGCUGAUUGGAUACUCUCGAGCUCUUGAUCUGGUGCUCACUGGACGACGAGUAAAGGCCGACGAGGCUCUCCAUCUUGGUAUUGCCAACCGAACCGGCGAGAACGCCCUCGAGACUGCCCUUGAAAUGGCUAAGCUCAUCUGUGAGGGAGGACCCAUUGCGAUCAAUGCGGCAAAGAUGGCUGUUCGAGGCCAGUCCAAGGAGUGGGAGAUCGCCGCCUACAACAAGGUGGUCAAUUCGGAAGACAAGUUCGAGGCUCUGUCGGCAUUCAAGGAAAAGCGAAAGCCCAUUUUCAAGGGUCGAUAA